AUGAGCCUCAAUCAGCCGGCGAGGCGCAUCGCGAUCGCCCUCUCUUCCUCCAACAUUUCCCGUCAACAAUGCCUCACCCACCUCUCCUCCCGAACCUCACCACUAGCGACGACCCUCACCGUCCUCCCUUCAACCCGCCGCUCUAAAUGGUCCUUUAGCAACUUGAACCCCUUCCGCUCCAAGAAGACCGGGGCCACUCCAUCCUCCGACCUCGAUGACCCGACUAUCCGAAGACGCAUGAUGGAGGAAGCCUCCACGCCUCAACUCGACUCCUCCAUCUUCGCCGAGGAAGUUUCGGCUGUCGAGGAGAAGGAAAAGGAGCAGGGGAAGAAGCAGCAGGCGGCACCUAUCCGGGCCCAGCACCUCGCCCCGACGGCCGACCCGGACCCGCAGAGCAGGCAGCGCUGGGAGCGUAAGAUGGUCAUCCGCAUGGUCCAUCGUAACGGCCACGAGACCCGCCAGGAGAUCAUCCGCCGGACCGAACGCGAGAUGCGGUACCGCUCGCCUUUCCUCGCUACCUCGAUCAAGAAGCUCGUCCAUCUCGCUCGCCAGAUUGCCGACCGGCCCUUGGAUGAAGCCCUUGUUCAGAUGCAGUACUCGAAGAAGAAGAUGGCUCGUGAGAUUCGCCAUCACCUCGAGCUCGCGCGUGAUAGGGCUAUUGUGGAGCACGGUAUGGGUCUGGGCCAAGCUAACGGCGAGGCUCCCCUGGAGAAGCCCAAGAAGAUCAAGUCGAAGGAUGGCAAGUGGCUCGUCAUUAGUGAUCCUACUAGGAUCUACAUUGCCCAGGCUUGGGUAGGACGUGGGUCUUGGCGUGGACAGCGUCUUGUCCAUCUUGGUCGUGGUCGAAAGGGAAUGCACAAGAAGCCCAGCACCAGCAUUUCCUUUGUCCUCAAGGAGGAAAAGACCAGAAUCCGAGAAUACGAAGAGGCUCUUGCCAAGGAGAAGAGGCAGGGCCCUUGGGUCCACCUGCCGAAUAGGCCGAUCACUGCCCAGAGGCAAUACUACACCUGGUAA